GCGACAUUUGAUGUAAGUUGGCCAUGUUAUUUUGAUUUCAAAAGCGCCGAAUUUCAAAAACUGUCGAUUGUCAGAAUCUGCGCGCGCACAUUUCUUUUUGCCAAGUGUUGUGCACAACUCGCGGUUUCUGCUUCAACAUAUUGAAUUGAACACUUCUUAACUUCUGAAAGCAAGUCAAAUGACUAUGACCGAUGGGCAAUCAGCGGUUGAGGUCCCCAAAUUCGUGGCCCCCGUAAUCCAGGACAACCCGACUGGAUGGGGGCCCUGCGAGCUGCCCGACCAGUUCAAAGACAUGCCGUACCAGCCCUUCAGCAAAGGCGACCGUCUCGGCAAAAUCAGCGACUGGACGGGGGCCGCCUUCCAAGACAAGAAAUAUGCCAACAAGUAUGCGUCCCAGUUCGGUUCUGGCAGUCAAUACGCGUAUUAUCAUGACGAAGACGAGAGCACUUUUCAUUUGGUGGACACAACACGCGUCCAGAAGCCCCCCUAUCAACGCGGCCGUGCUGGGGUGCAAGGCAGCGGCAUGCAGUCCCUCGGCAAGGGGGUUAAAGCCAGGGACACGUAUAAGAGGAGCCAGGUUAAGAAAUGGGGACAAGGACGGCCCCAGAUUAAGAUCAGGGACGCUUCGGUUACGGUCAAACCGGAUUGGGUCACCAUUGAGGAAAUGGAUUUCCCUCGGUUGGGAAAAUUGUCGCUCCCUAACGUCAAAGACGGCGAGGAUAUUACUUGUUGUGGCGAGUUGGAGUACUAUGACAAGUCGUACGAUCAUGUCAACGUGAAGAAUGAGAAGCCGCUGCAAAGCGUCAAUCGUAUCUUCCAUACAGUUACAACAACUGAUGAUCCGAUUAUCCGCGAUAAACUCUGACAAUACGGAGUUUGAUCUUUUAACCGUCAACGAAACGUCCGUGGAGCCCCCACAAGACUCCCCUCGAAACCUGGCCUUGGAAGCCACUUUCAUUAACCACAAUUUCAGUCAACAGGUAUUAAGAACAGGUCCCGGGGAGCCCCGCUUCAAGUUCGACAACCCAAACCCUUUUAUCUCCGAGGAGGAGGAAGGGGAGGUCGCCAGUGUGGCCUACAGAUACCGCAAAUAUGACCUAGGGAGCGGAAUAGUAAUUUUUUCGUUUUGUUUCUGUCCACGUUUAAUUUGUGUAGUUUUUAAAAAAAAAGAAAAUGAAUGUUUACGGAAAAUAA